CCACUCUCAUCAAGUUUCAACAACUGAACAGUCCCCCCAUCCGUCUCCGUCUCGUCUUCCUCUCGCAGUCAAAACUCCUGCAUCUAUUUCUCCGCCGCAGGGAAAACAGACAUUUCUCCACGGAGAAAGGGAGGAAGACAUAACAGAAGAGAUCACGUUUCUUGGAGCCAGCGUCGCUGUUCUCUCUUUUAUCUUCUUGUUCUUUUCUUUUCCAAGUGCGUUUCGGAGCAAGGUGCUGUCCGGCUGCUUCGCUGCAAUGGAGCGCGAGCUGACGAGAGGGAGCGAGCGGGAGCUCGUCCCUUUCCUGGUCUUCGGCGACGAUGGUCGCCUCCAGAAGAUUGAACGCUUCUCUCACUACGUUGCUAGGCACUUGGGCAUCAAAGAUGCAGAGCGAUACCCAAACUUCUGCAAAUUAGCUGAUGACUACCUAAGAGAUCCAAAGGGUAGCCCGGAAGAAAUCUACGAUUUUUUCGAGAAUCAAAAUGACCCAACGGCACUCCAUGAGCUGUUCACUAAUGAGCUCGAGUCAUGCAUCCUUAGCUACUUGGCCUUCCAUUGGAGCCACGCAUCGUCCUUCAUUAACGAGGCUUUAAGCGUCGGUAAGCUGAAAAAGAGCAAGCUCAAAAGCAUGGUAAUGUCAGCUACUAGGAAACAAAGGAUCGACAAGGUGACCAAGAACCUCAAGGUGACUAGGGUUUUCUCGACGUUGGUUGACGAGAUCAAUGCAAUCAGAACGAAGCGGGACUUGCCACGUGCCGUCGAGACGGUCACCGCAAAGACCAAAGACCCGAGACCGGUCCUCCUUUUCAUGGGUGGUGGCAUGGGUGCAGGCAAGAGCACGGUGCUGAAGAAGAUCAUGAGAAAGGGUUAUUGGGCAGAGGCGGCGAAGGAGGCAGUGGUGGUUGAGGCGGAUGCAUUCAAGGAGACAGACGUUCUUUUUCGAGCCCUUAGUGCUAGAGGACACGAUGAUAUUAUCCACACGGCCGAGUUGGUGCACCAGUCAUCGACCGAUGCGGCUUCAUCGCUGCUGGUGACCGCACUGAACGAAGGGCGGGACGUGAUCAUGGACGGGACCUUGUCGUGGGAGCCGUUCGUGCGGCAGACGAUUGAGAUGGUUCGGAACGUCCACCGGAAGCGCUACAGGAUGGGAGUCGGGUACAAGGUUGCAGAUGAUGGCUCUGUGACAGAGAGUUACUGGGAGGAAGCUGAAGAAGACGACGUCCCAAGCGAGAAGGGAGUGAAGGAAAGGCAUCCCUACAAGAUUGAGCUUGUGGGUGUUGUUUGUGAUGCUCACCUUGCGGUCGUCCGCGGGAUCAGGAGGGCCAUUAUCAUGGGGAGAGCAGUGAGGGUAAGCUCCCAACUGAGAUCUCACAAGAUGUUCGCCACUGGCUUCCCUAAGUACUGUAAGCUGGUAGAUGAAGCCAUGCUCUUCUCCACAAAUGCUGUGGGAGGUCCUGCUAAGUUGAUUGGAAAGAAGGAAGAGGGAGCAACCAUCCAGCCAGUUGAUUCAGACUAUGAUUGGCUUAAUAAGGUGUCGAUGCUGAACAUGAAUGCAAAAUCAGUGGAAGAUUUGUACAGUAACGCAAACCAUUGCAGUAAGGCAAGCGAGGUGUGGAAAGAUGUGAUUGAUUUUCCAUCCAGAAAAGAGAACCAACUUCAACUCUUGAAUGCCAUUACCAAGGCUGAAUUCACAUGAGUUGGUAACUGAACUGAGAGCUGCAGAUAAUCUGCAAUCUUUGAGCCUUCAUAACAUCAGUUCUCAGAAUCUCACUUAGCCAUGUAAUUCGCAGAAAAUCUGCCAUCCAGCUAGUUUUCUCGGCAAACAUUUAGAAUGCAAUUGCUUCACUAUAUGUACUAAUCCUUCUAGUUGCAAGAAUAAACAGGAUCCUUGGCUGGUUUCGAGCCUAGAGAUCCACUUAUCGGCCUAGAGCACGUAUUGGUGAGUGGGAUCGAAAGAAAUGGUGUGUUAUUAAACAAUAAAGUCUUUUUAUCCACAUAAGCUGGUUGUUCCUAAGUUCAUAUUAUGAUUUACUCUUACAGGAGAUUAGGAGAUUGAGACAUAUUACGUAUCUUUAUGUAUAAUUUCUUUUUCUUUUAGAUGUGAACAAGUGUGUAGUUUGGGUCGGAAUUUUUGUUUACCAAGAAAUUAAUCUAAUAGCAAGGCCUUAGACUGCA